AUUAAUUUCCGACCUCUCCCUAAACCCUAAUCCACCAGAAUUCUCUCACUCUCCUUCGCUUAGCAACUCCCACUCUCAGCUGCAGCCAUGGUGUCGACCGUGAAUGAUGCUGCAUCGGGUUCUAAAGUAGAAAAACAUGCAUUCUCGGACCGGGUAACUGUCCGGACAAUACUGACCCGACCUGACGGUGGCGCUGGUCUGGCGGGACAGCGUGUUCGGGUCGGAGGAUGGGUGAAAACGGGCCGUGAACAGGGCAAAGGGUCGUUUGCAUUUUUGGAGGUGAAUGACGGUUCAUGUCCGGCGAAUUUACAAGUUAUCGUGGACGCUUCUGUAGCGGAUUUGGGCCAGUUGGUGCCAACUGGCACUUGUGUGUCUGUUGAGGGUUUGCUUAAAAACCCGCCUGAGGGAACCAAGCAGAAGAUCGAGCUUCGGGUCGAGAAGGUGAUUGAUGUGGGCACCGUUGACCCCGCUAAGUACCCGAUUCCUAAGACUAAGCUCACGCUCGAGUUCUUGAGGGAUCGCAUUCAUUUCCGACCCAGGACUAAUACGAUAUCUGCUGUUGCACGAAUCCGAAAUGCACUUGCUUAUGCCACUCAUACAUUCUUUCAAGAGAAUGGUUUUCUCUACAUACACACACCGAUUAUCACUACCAGUGAUUGUGAGGGAGCUGGUGAAAUGUUUCAAGUAACAACCUUGAUUAGUGAGGCUGAGAAGAUAGAGAAGGAGCUGAUCAAGAAUCCUCCUCCCACUGAAGCUGAUGUAGAAGCUGCCAAGCUUGUUGUCAAGGAGAAAGGAGAGGCUGUUGCCAAACUCAAAUCUGAAAAAGCAAGGAAGGAGGCAAUUAGUGCUUCUGUUGCUGAACUUACAAAAGCUAAGGAGAAUCUUGCAAAGGUGGAGGAGAGAUCAAAGCUUAAACCGGGAAUUCCUCAAAAGGAUGGAAAGAUUGAUUAUUUGCAAGAUUUCUUUGCUCGCCAAGCAUUUUUGACUGUUUCUGGCCAACUGCAAGUUGAAACUUAUGCAUGUGCUGUUAGUAAUGUUUAUACAUUUGGACCAACUUUUCGAGCUGAAAACUCCCAUACUUCAAGGCAUUUGGCAGAAUUCUGGAUGGUGGAACCUGAAAUAGCUUUUGCAGAUCUUAAGGAUGAUAUGAACUGUGCGGAGGCAUAUGUAAAAUUUUUAUGUCAGUGGUUACUGGACAAAUGCCUUGAUGAUAUGGAAUUUAUGGCUAAAAAUUAUGACAAAAGCUGCAUUGAUCGUCUGAGAAUGGUUGCUUCAACUGCAUUUGAGCGAAUAUCAUACACAGAAGCAGUGGAUCUGCUACUGGAGGCUGUGAAAGAGGGAAAGAAAUUUGAGAACAAUGUGGAGUGGGGGAUUGAUUUAGCAUCUGAGCAUGAAAGAUACUUAACAGAGGUUAAAUUCCAGAAGCCUGUUAUUGUGUAUAACUACCCAAAAGGAAUCAAAGCAUUUUAUAUGAGGGUCAAUGAUGACUUAAAGACUGUGGCUGCUAUGGACGUCCUUGUACCAAAGGUUGGAGAGUUGAUUGGGGGAAGCCAAAGGGAAGAGCGCUAUGAUGUUAUUAAGAGCAGAAUAGAAGAGAUGGGGCUGCCUCUUGAGCCAUAUGAGUGGUACCUUGAUUUGCGUCGCUUUGGGACAGUGAAACAUUGUGGAUUUGGUUUAGGUUUUGAACGGAUGAUUCUUUUUGCAACGGGCAUCGACAAUAUUAGAGAUGUUAUUCCCUUCCCCAGAUAUCCAGGAAGAGCAGAUCUCUGAUCUUUAGUCCAAAAAUACACGAGGAUGUUAGUAUUUUGCAUUACAAUUGGACCCCUAUUUACCAUGGCAUAGUUUUUAUCCUAUAACAAGAAACAAGGAAAUGAUAGCAUUGAAAUUGAUAUUUUUACCAGCAGAAAUCCUAUACCUGUUAACAAUGCCACUUAUUAUAUUGCAAUUUUUGUGAUAUUGCUUAAUAAAUAUCUUUACCGUAUUUGUUGAUAA